AUGGCCAUGUCCAACCCUCCCGGUCAGGCUGGUCCUUGGUCGAACGAUCUCCAAAGCGAUGUCCACUCCUGGAUCGGUUACGACAAGAAGACCUUCCCUUGCGGCGGGUACAAGAAGGGUCCAGUCUCGACCUACAAAGCCGGCGAGGUGAUCCCAGUCCGCUUCUGGAACUUUGAAGUCAAGGAUUACAAGUCCUUCCCCCCACCCAAGGGCCUCAGCCAAUCCCGCCACGGUGGCGGCGCUUGCGAGUUCUCACUCUCGUACGACGCCGGCAAGACCUGGAACGUCAUUGGUCAAUACACCAAGACCUGCCCCGACAUCUACUACGAAUGGCCCGUCCUCAUCCCCAAGAACGUCCCCUCUUGCACAGACUCCAACAAGUGUCUGUUCUCGUUCUCGUGGACUGCUUACUCGACUGAGCAGUUCUACCAUCACUGUGCCAAUGUGAUCAUCCAUGGUGAUGAUAAGAAGGGAAUCUUGCCAGAGUUGGAGAUGACGGUUGCGGAUGUCAAGUCAAAGGGCGAGAAGAUGGAUAUCCAUGCUGUUGGUGAUGGAAAGUCUGCCAAAUCUUCGGGCCCUGAUCGUAGAGAGAAGCAGUUGAACUUGGGAGGUUACUUUGCCUGUGGAGGACCUGCUGGCAAGCACGGCCUUGACCUCGGCCUCGUUCGCUCUUGA